GCUUGCAUGUCCUGAGUUGGAAUUCUUUGUAACUCCCAAAUCAACCCAUUUUUGCUAGUGAAAUAACCGACAGCUUAAUUUUUAAGGUUAACAUUACUUGGUGGGCAGAUAUGGGAUCCGGAGAAGAUCCCCCAGUAACUCCAAGGCUGGUGAGCAAACAGGUUCCAGACCCCAAAGAGCCAAUUGAGCUCACUGCUUUCUUGCCGACCCUGGAGUUUGAGGGCUAGAGGCUGGCUCUUUCCGGAGCCCAAAGCUUUGUCCCCAGGGAGCCAUGGCGAAGUCCAGGGGCCGUCUCUACUUUUGGAUGUACUUGGCUGCCGCGCUGGCAUCUUUCCUGGCAGGAUUUAUGGUGGGCUGGUUUGUUAAGCCUUCGAAAGAAACGACCACUUCACCGCCCUAUCAUCAAAGUAUACAGUGGAAACUCAUAUCUGAGAUGAAAGCUGAAAAUAUUAAAUCAUUUCUUCGUUCUUUUACAAAGCUCCCUCAUCUGGCAGGAACAGAACAAAAUUUACUUCUUGCCAAGAAAAUCCAAACCCAGUGGAAGAAAUUUGGACUGGAUUCAGCCAAGUUGGUUCAUUAUGAUGUUCUCCUAUCCUACCCUAAUGAGACAAAUGCCAACUAUAUAUCAAUCGUGGAUAAACAUGGAAUUGAGAUUUUCAAUACCUCUUACCUUGAGCCACCACCAGAUGGAUAUGAGAAUGUUACAAAUAUUGUUCCACCAUAUAAUGCUUUCUCAGCCCAAGGCAUGCCAGAGGGUGAUCUUAUAUAUGUGAACUAUGCUCGUACUGAAGAUUUUUUCAAACUGGAAAGAGAGAUGAACAUCAACUGUAGCGGAAAGAUUGUUAUUGCAAGAUAUGGAAAAAUCUUCAGAGGAAAUAAAGUUAAAAAUGCCAUGUUAGCAGGAGCCAUAGGAAUCAUCUUGUACUCCGAUCCAGCGGAUUACUUUGCCCCUGCAGUACAGCCGUAUCCUAAAGGAUGGAACCUUCCUGGAACUGCAGCACAGAGAGGGAAUGUAUUAAAUUUGAAUGGUGCUGGGGACCCGCUCACUCCAGGCUAUCCAGCUAAAGAGUACACCUUUAGACUUGAUGUCAAAGAAGGAGUGGGAAUCCCAAGGAUCCCUGUACAUCCUAUUGGGUAUAAAGAUGCAGAAAUAUUACUACGUCACAUAGGAGGAACUGCUCCACCAGAUGACAGCUGGAAGGGAAGUCUUAAUGUGCAUUAUAACAUUGGGCCUGGGUUCUCAGGGCAUGAUUCCUUCAGGAAGGUAAGAAUGCACGUUCAUAACACCAACAAAAUUACAAGGAUUUACAAUGUAAUUGGAACGAUCAGAGGAUCUGUGGAACCUGACAGGUAUGUUGUUCUAGGAGGUCAUCGGGAUUCCUGGGUGUUCGGAGCUAUUGACCCAACCAGUGGGGCUGCUGUUUUGCAAGAAAUUGUCCAGAGUUUUGGAAAACUGAUGAGCGGAGGCUGGAGACCUAGAAGAACUAUCAUUUUUGCCAGCUGGGACGCAGAGGAGUUUGGGCUGCUGGGGUCCACAGAAUGGGCUGAGGAGAAUGCAAAAACACUCCAGGAGAGAAGCAUUGCUUAUAUCAACUCAGAUUCAUCUAUAGAAGGCAAUUAUACUCUCAGAGUUGACUGUACACCUCUUCUUUACCAAUUGGUGUAUAAACUAACAAAAGAGAUCUCCAGCCCAGAUGAUGGUUUUGAGAGUAAAUCUCUUUAUGAAAGCUGGUUGGAAAAGGACCCUUCAUCUGAAAAUAUAAAUUUUCCUAGAAUCAACAAACUGGGAUCUGGAAGUGAUUUUGAAGCUUAUUUUCAGAGACUUGGAAUUGCUUCAGGCAGAGCCCGUUACACUAAGAAUAGGAAAACAGAUAAAUACAGCAGCUACCCAGUAUACCAUACGAUUUAUGAGACGUUUGAAUUAGUAGAGAAGUUUUAUGAUCCCACAUUUAAAAAACAGCUUUCUGUGGCUCAGUUACGAGGAGCACUGGUUUAUGAGCUUGCAGACUCUAAAAUCAUUCCUUUCAAUAUUGAAGACUAUGCAAAAGCUUUGAAAAACUAUGCAACAAGUAUCUACAAUUUAUCUAAGAAACAUGACCAACAAUUGAGAGACCAUGGAGUAUCAUUUGAUUCUUUAUUUUCUGCUGUGAAUAACUUCUCAGAUGCUGCUUCAGAUUUUCAUAGAAGACUUACACAAGUUGAUCUUAAUAAUCCCAUUGCAGUGAGAAUCAUGAAUGACCAACUGAUGCUCCUGGAGAGAGCAUUCAUCGAUCCCCUUGGUUUACCAGGGAGGCGGUUCUAUAGGCACAUCAUCUUUGCUCCGAGUAGACACAACAAAUAUGCUGGAGAAUCAUUUCCUGGGAUCUACGAUGCUAUGUUUGAUAUUGAAAAUAAAGAAGACCCUCAUUCAGCCUGGACAGAAAUGAUCAUCAGAACAGAACAAGUGAUUAUGUGGCAGAACAGUGUAAUUAAUCAAGGCUGUUACAGAAUGUGCUCGAACUAUUUCUUAAAAACGCCUUCCCCUAGGAGUACUGUACCUAUGAGAUAUUUUAUGUAAGCCACUUGGUAACCACAAAGCAAAAAUAUAGUAAUGAAACAUAAAAAACGGGGAGACUGCACCAAUUACCAUGGAAAUCCACUUUCCAAAAGUAGAAACAGGGAAAGGAAACACAGGAAGAUAAAAACAACUAGAAAGCAAAGAACAAUAAGAUGGUAGGAGUAAUUAAUAAUGGACUGAAUUCACCAAAGGGUAGAGUGCCUGGAUGAAAAAAAAAAAAACAAACCUAACUCCACUCUAUCUAAAGGAAAUUCAUUUUAGUUCUAAAGACAUACACAGGCUCAAAGCAUAGGAAAAGAGGAUAUUCCAUGCAGGUGGAUACCAAAAAACGUGGGUGUAGCCAUACUUAUGACAGAAAAAAUACACUUCAAACCAAAAACAUUAACAAGUGAUAAAGAAGUCAUUAUAUAAUGAUAAAAAAACAAAGACAUCAAGAAGAAAGAAUGAUCACAAAUAUAUACACCUCCAACAUCAAGAGCACCAUGAUGAAAAGAAUUCUAACAGAUUUAAAUGGAGAAAUAAACAAUACCUUAAUAGGGCACUUUAAUACUAUUAGAACAUAAAUCAUGCAGACAGAAAAUCAAAAAGAAAAUAUUGGAAUUGAACCAAAACAUAUUCAAAAACAAAAUGAUUUAAAGGUCAUAUAUAGAACACUCCAUCCAAGAGCAGUAUAAUACACAUUUUUCUUACAUACAUGAACAUUUUCCAGGGCAGAUCCUAUGACUGGGCACAAAACAAAUCUCAGCAAACUUUGAAAUCUUACCAACUAUCUUUUCUGACCACAAUGAUACCAUUGUGGUCAGAAUUAGAAAUCGGCAAGAGGAAGCUAGAAUAAUCUACCACUACAUGGAAACUAACACACUUCUAAACAAUGAGUCAAAAAAUAAAAAUGAGAAUAAAUUAUAUCAAAACACAUCAAAUAUGGUAUAGAGCAAAGCAGUCAAGAGGCAAAUUUACAGUAUUAAAUGCAUAUAUUAAGAAAUUACAAAGAUCUCAAGCAACCUAACUGUACCUCUAAGAAGUAUAAAAAGAACAAGUGUAGAGGUAGCAGAAGGAAGGAAAUAAAACCAAAGCAGAAAAAAAAUCUUUCAGAAAAAAACUACCUGUACAACUAAAAGCUGGUUCAUCAAAAAGAUAACACUGACAAAACUUUAUUAGCCAGACUUAGAAAAAGACAUAAAAUUAGAAAUGAAAAAGACCAUACAACUGGUACUACAAAAAUACACAGGAUAAGGGACUAUUAUGAACAACCCUAUGCCCGAAUCAGAUAACCUAAAAAUGGACAAAUUUCUAGAAACAACCCACCAAGACCAAAUCAAAUGCAAAAAGAACAUGUGAUAGACCCAUAAUGAGCAAGAGAUUGAAUCAAUAAUUUAAAACCUCCAAGUACAAAAAAUAAUCUAGGACCAGAUGGCUUCAUUGGCAAAUUCCAAUAAACACUCAAAGAAUUAAUACCAAUCUUUCUCAAACUCUUCCAAAAACUUGAGGUGUAGGGAAUACUUCCAAACUGUGCUUAACAGGCCA